AUGUACCGCAACACUCCACACUCGACAACACUACAGGCCCCGGCAAAAUUGCUGUUAGGACGGAAUAUCAGAACACAAUUCGACGCACUGAUACCCAGUAGCGUCGACGUAGUUAACCAUCGCCAAACAGCGAAAAUCAAACACCACGGUAAACGUCAACACGAGCUAAAAAUAGGGGAUACUGUGGCGGUGCGUGACUACCGCAAUAACGACCAAAAAUGGUCAAAAGGUACGGUAACAAAGUCACUAAGCAAAAAUGUCAUUGAGGUCGAUACGGAGGCGGGUAUUUGGAAGAGACAUUUAGACCAAACAUUAGCGAUAAACAGUGUAGGGAGCGCGGGGGAUACGUUAGAUCGGAACGCGCCCAGUGAAAACGUCGUUGUUAUACCCGAGAAUGAGCCUACCGAAAUGCCCACCACUUCCCCACAUGUCCGACCGGUGAGAGACAGGAAACAACCAGACCGGUAUACGUCUAAAGAUUUUAGAAAAUAA